UUUUUUAAAUGGCAAUAAUUGAAAGAGCUUGGUUUUUACCGUAAGCGGCUCUGGUGAUAAAGUAGCGGUGGUGACAGUGGAACUCCAACUUCACAAUUGUUAGGGUAGGCAGAGGAAUUAGGAUUAGGGCUUUGCAGUGAGAGGCUCUGAGCUUGCAUUCGCCGUUGAGGUUCAAAGGAGUAGUUGGGGGUUCUGAUAAAAAGAUUAGUGUAACCGGUUGUGAUAACUAGUUGAACCAAACUACUUUUGAAAUAAUAGCAGAAACCCUUUCGGUUCAUUUCGAUUUAUCAAUAAUUAAGCCUUUGCAUCCCAAAAGGAAAUUCAGUUGUUCUCUGCAAUGAAUUCUGUUUUCUCAUCACAGUCCCUUUGCAUUCCCUUACCUAGCUUCCAGUUGCUACCUUGUCUUCAAACACAACCUCAUUGUACAUUCUCCAACCGUGUCUGUUAUCGGAAUCGUUGCAUCUCUCCUCUUUCUCUUUCCUUUCCUUUUAUUUCGCAUCGGGCUUUGCAUGCUCGGCGAUCAUUUUGUGGUGCUACAGCUCCACCGGAUGAAGGAGUAGUCUCUGUAAUCAACUUCGACGAUUUUGCUGAGAAAGACUGGUCCUUUCUUGAUUCCGCUGAUUUCAGUUCUGGACAGGAUUAUAACCUAAACAUUGAUCGCAUUAUAUCUGCGGGAGAAAUUGAAGAAACUUCAAGAGUUAUGGUUUCAAUUGGUUCCGAAGGAUUUGUGGAUCGGGUGGUUGAAUCAUCACCCUGCAAUCUCUUGCUUGUUGUCCAUGAUUCACUUUUUGUGUUAGCUGGCAUUAAAGAAAAAUAUGACAAGGUUAAGUGUUGGCAAGGAGAAUUAAUAUAUGUACCUGAUAAGUGGGCACCUUUAGAUGUUGUGUUCCUUUAUUUCCUUCCAGCCAUGCCCUUUACACUUGAUGAGGCAUUUGGAGCACUUGCAAGGUGUUUUUUGCCAGGUGCAAGACUGGUUAUCAGCCAUCCCCAAGGAAGAGAAGUUUUACAGCAACAACGACAACAAUAUCCAGAUGUUGUAACUUCUGACUUGCCUGAGAAGAAGAAAUUACAGGAAGUUGCAGCACAACAUUCUUUCGAGUUAACCGACUAUGUCGAUGAGCCUGGUUUUUAUCUUGCUGUAUUAAAGUUUAGUGGGGCAAGAAGCUGAUAGUUGAUUCUUGAGAGUUCCUUGUGCAAGAAACAGUGGAUUCAACUGAAAAUUUAUAGACUUGCACCUUUUUGCCUGCC